UGUCAAGUGCGCCGCUGACGUAAACUAUCAGCGAAGAAAAAAAAAGUGACGCUGACAUACAGGAGCCGGAGCCGAGAGAGGGGGAAUAGCGUUUUGUUUCUUUUUUUCCUUUCAGUUGUGUCCUUUAUUCUUUGGUAUUUUGUUUUUAAGCUGUAUUACUGUAACGGUUUCGUGCAGCCGCUAGCUUUGCCUGCCUCGGCCCGUGCCAGCCAGAUUAACGUUAACCGUUCACGUCCCUCUGUGUCUCUCACGCGGCGCUGUUUUGACAGUCGGGGUCGCAGUGAGCCAACACAAGCUAGCAACAUCACUACAUUAGCAUUGGGCUCCUAUGUGGAAGGAGACCAUGUUGCUGCACUGAGCCGGAGGAGGAGAGGAGAGAGAGAGUUCCCAGAGGAACAGUGGUGGCUGGCCUGUUGGUGACCCCCUCCCCCUUCCCUUCUUUCUGGCUGGCUCGCUGCUGCCCCUCUACUUCACCUGAUCACUCUCUCCCCCGAGGCCUAGCUAAGGCUUGCUAUGGACUGCCCUAACCCAGCUGCUGCAGCCCAGCCACAUAUACCUCUUUAGUGGGUGCCCCUUCUAUUCCUGUGUGUGGCUCCCAUCCAGACACACUGUACAGCGAGUCAGCACAUAUCUGAGACCAGCCACAGCCUCUACUGGGUCCUCUAGCCCCCUCCCCCUUCCCCAAUUCCCACCCUCUCCCCUCCCCUAAGAAGAUGUCAGUGAGCCUGUCAGCAGACAUCCAGCAGGAGGGAGAGAGUGGGCCACUCAUCGAGCCCUGCAGCCGAGGCAAGACCUCCCCUCAACCACAGGGCACCAAGGAGGGGACAGGAGAGGGCCCAGAGCCCGAGGACAGCUCUCCGCAGGAUGCACAGAGACGGGCUCCUAACCAUGGCCAUGGCAGGAAAAGGGCCAAAUCUAAUGCCAAGCUGAAGCUAGUGCGGAGUCUGGCAGUGUGUGAGGAGUCCUCUGGUCCAUUUUCCAAUGAUGGACCUCCAGAAUCGGAUAUCAUCCAACUUCACAUCAGCUGUCCGUCAGACAAGGAGGAGGAGAAGUCCUCCAAAGAUGAGUAUGAAAAUGAAGAGAAGGAGAAGAAGGACAAGACUCCACGCAAGAUGUUGUCACGUGACUCCAGUCAAGAGUACACUGACUCCACGGGCAUCGAUGUUCAUGAGUUUCUGGUCAACACACUGAAAAACAAUCCCAGGGAUCGAAUGAUGCUGCUGAAACUAGAACAAGAUAUCCUGGAGUUCAUUAAUGACGACAAUAACCAGUAUAAGAAGUUUCCUCAGAUGACCUCAUAUCACCGCAUGCUGCUGCACCGUGUGGCUGCCUACUUUGGCAUGGACCACAAUGUGGACCAGACAGGCAAGGCCGUCAUCAUCAACAAGACAGGCAACACGCGCAUCCCAGAACAAAGGUUCUCUGAACACAUCAAGGAUGAGCGCAACAUGGACUUCCAGAAGAAGUUCAUCCUCAAGAGAGAUGAUGCCAGCAUGGACAAAGAUGAUAAUCAGAUCCGUGUGCCGCUGCAGGACGGGCGGCGUAGCAAGUCCAUUGAGGAGCGAGAGGAAGAAUAUCAGCGGGUACGAGACCGGAUCUUUGCCCGAGAAGUGUCUUUUUCUUUACAGUCCUCUCAAAAUGGAUACAUCAACGACAACAGACUUUCCACUGAGGGCUACUCCUCUAGCUCUCAAAAGAGGAGGCAGAUCUUUAGGGGGAACCGUGAGAGCUCCAGCCGGGCAUCCAGCAGCCGUCAAAGCAGCACAGACAGCGACAUGAAGUGUCUGGAGCCACGGCCCUGGAGCAGCACUGACUCAGACAGCUCCAACCGCACACUGAGGCCACCGGUCACGAAGGCCAGCAGCUUCUCUGGCAUCUCCAUCCUCACGAGAGGGGAUAGCUUGGGCAGCAGCAAAGGCUCACAGGGCAGCUGCAGAGGCUCUCGUUCUGGCCUGCCCCUGGUCAGUCCUGAUGUGUGUCCCUCGGCCCCUGCACCCCAGUCCAGCCGUAGCCUUCUUCCCUGUCCAUCUCAGCAGCCCCAGCCACAGCAGCCUCAGCCCCAGCCCCCGCCCCAGACCGCCCUGUUGCCCACCCCACAGCAGCACCCCAUGGGCAACCAUAUGAUGGCUCAGCCGGUGGCAUCUCUGCAGCCCUCUCAGCCUGUCUCCUACUCCAGCCCUUCCUGCCCCCAGGUCCUCCUGCCUGUCUCUCCUCCCCAGCAGUACACAAUGGGAGAAGACCUGGCGCCUCAGUUCAGCCAGAUGACGCUGAGUCGGCAGGGCUCCAGUGAGAACCCCGAGCCUCCCACUAUGUAUCAGCCCCCUCCCACUGUGCUUUCCCAGCACCCUCCACCCCAGACAAGCUAUAUCAUGGCCACCACGGGUCAGCCUAUGGCCCCACCAUCCAGCUACCAGCCUACCACUGGACACCCCCAUCCUCCACCCCCACCACCUCCUCCAUCCCAGCCCGUCAUGCAGGCCCCACCGCCACCACAGGGCUACAUGCAGCCCCCUCCACCCCAGCAGAUACAGGUGUCGUACUAUCCUCCUGGUCAGUACCCCAGUUCGGGCCAGCAGUAUCGUGUGCCCCAGCCCAUGUCCCACCAGGUGUCUUACACUGCCCAGCGCACGCAACCCAUGCCUCAGCCCACACAGCAGUCAGCAGGUCUCCAGACCAUGAUGCCCAGCCAGCAGCCUAGCUACCAGGGCAUGAUGGGGGUGCAGCAGCCACAAAACCCUGGUCUGCUCAGUUCCCAGAGGGCAGGCAUGGGAGGACAGAUGCAGAGCAUGAUGGUCCAGUACCCACAGAUGCCUUCAUAUCAGGUGCCAGUGGGAAAUGAGUCUCAGCAGGUGGUGCAGCAGCAGUACCAGCAGCAGGUGAUGGUGCCAGUCAGCCAGUCUGUCCAGGGGCCCAUGCCUGUCUAUUACAGUGUCAUCACCCCCACACAGCAGAACAGCACAAGUCCAUCAGUAGGUUACCUGCAGCCCCCCAACACUGAGCAGUAUCAGAUCACUCAGUCCCCGUCCCCCUGCAACCCUCAGCAGUUGCAGCAGCAAUAUUCAGGAGUACCGCCCCCAGGAACUGGAGUGAUGGUCAUGCAGCUCAGUGUUCCUAAUGGACCACAGCCUUCCCAGAAUCCUCCUCUGGUCCAGUGGAACCCAUGCAAAUACUACAGCAUAGAGCAGAGACCCAGCAAGCCAGGAGAGCUCUACAAACCUGACAACACUCCACAGGCCAGCACACAGCUGACCAGUCCUCUGGCUUCCCCCACCCAGUCUCCCACCCCGUCUCCCUCCGGCAGCGUCAACAGCGUCUGUCCAGGCCUUGGACCCUUACCCCUCAUCUCCCAGUUUCCCCGGCCUGGAGGACCAACGCAAGGUGAUGGGCGCUACUCUCUGCUGGGCCAGCCUCUCCAGUAUAGCUUAUGUCCUCCUCCCCUCAUGCACGGCCAGUCCUCCUACAGCUCCCAUCAGGGCCAAGGAGUAAUGAAACAUGGAGCACGGGGGAAAAAACAAACCCUCAAAUCUGCAUCAACAGAUCUCGGCACCACUGACAUGGUGGUAAGUCGAGUACUCGAGGUAACAGACCUUCCGGAGGGGAUUUCACGGCCCGAGGCUGAGAAGCUCUUCAACCAGCUGUCGCUGUGUGGUGCCAAGAUCCAGUGGCUGAAGGACCCCCAGGGAGGCCGAGGAGGAGCAGGAGGCUGUGGCCCCUGCCCUGGUGCAGGGCCCGCUGGAAUGGGAGCCGGUGCUGGGCCUGGGGCUGGCGUGGGGCCCGGGGUGGGGAAGGGCGACGGCCACGAUCCGGCUCACCUCUACACAGUGGUGGCAGUGUUCCCCAGCACCAUGGCUGCACAGAGUGCUUCCUUCAAACUCAACAACAGCGCGGCCAGCCUCUUCAAACUGAGGGCCGCCAAAAAGAACUAUGACCUGCGUGUGCUAGAGAGGGCCAGUUCUCAGUGAAAAGAAAAGAAAGGGGGAGGAAAGAGAGAGGGGAACAAAGACGGAAAGAAAGAGACUCUUGGUCGGGUGGAAAAGGAUGGAGGACUGAGGGGGACUGCUCUCAGUAUAACAUUUUUAAAAAAAAAAAAAAAAAAAGGAAACUUGGACGAUGAUCAAGAUGUGUCAAAUGUACAAAAGGGAAGAA